UUUCAUUCUUAUACCUUGUAUUAGCUGAUGUUGUUUAAACGAAGUCUGAAAUAUAUGACUAUGUGCUGAGCACUGCAUUGCAUUUAUGCCUUUCGUUGUAGCCUAAUUUACUACGGCAUCAUUUGACCUCCCAGAGCUCACAGUGGCUUGCUUAGCUGUAACGUCCCACCUGCGCAUAAACACACAGUCAAGUUGGGAUUCAUAGAAUGUUGAAGUUUUAUACAUUGAAUUCAAAUACCGGUUAACUGAGUCGGAUAUCAAGUUUGAUCAUUUACCAAUGAUAAUUUUAAUGCUGUGUGUCAGCUGCUCUGCCGUCGCCAAUAAAGUAUGUCACCAAGCAGUCGCGUAAUAGGAUCAGUCUAAUAAUGGACAUCUGCCUUGGAUCUAGCACAGAACACAACAGAAUGACGCUAUUGCAUUGCUCUGCUCUCAGUAUGUAUCUGCUAAAAGUGUAGUAUUUGAGUGUAUGUAGUUUGUUAUAGUAAUAACUAGGUAGCCUACACAAUGGUAAAACAAAUUUGUGCCAUCAAUGGACACAUGCUGAAUGAAAUGCAGUGCCCUGGCAUUGUGCAAGGAAAAACUGUGACAAAUAUGAUAAAACAGCAACUGAGCGCAGGUUAGAGACAGAGUCGUAAUCAGACAAACACUUGGGAACAUGAUUGCCCUGCAGGAUAUCUCUGUCUUAGCCUGGUCCCAGAUCUGUUUGUGCUGUUUUGCUAAUUCUUGCCAAACAGAUUUGGGAACAUCUCUGUCAGGAUCAGCAUAGGAGAUGAAGAUCAGCAGAGGACGUCCUGGUGCAAACAGGUCACACUUGGGAGCAUGAUCACCCUGCAGUACUAUGCCUGCACGCCCUUCCUCUUGGAGCAUUGCACUUGGUAGCCUCGACUUACUCCAGCCAUUCUAAUACGGUACUGAGAGGUCUGGCUCACUUGUGAGACUAUGCACGUGAAGAGGAAGAUCAGCAGAGGGCGUCUUGGUGUAAACAGGCCUCUAUUAAUAACAGUCACCAACUCUGUGAUCCUCUUAAACACACUUAGACAAGGGAGGGAGGUGAAAGUGGAGAGGUAAAAGGAGAGAAUUGGUGACAUUUUCCUUACUCUGGUCUGAGCUGAGAUUAGGGAAGAGAUAGGAGAAGAGGAACCUAAGAGAGAGGCUAGAUUCAGUGGGUAGAUUGUAAAACAGGUCUCCCUCUAAAGUCCGCCAGGUGGAUUGUAAUCUCUUUUCUAUGGGGGUUAACUUUGACCACGUUUGCUGCCUCAGUAAGCGUUAGCCUGUGUGAGCUCUACUGUGUUAGUAGUGAGUACUGUAGUGAGUACUGUAACUGUUGGGCCUGAGCUGGAGCAGCCAGCCCUCCCUGUUUCGCUGCAGAUAUGACUCUGCCUGCAUACACUGGAGCCAGAAUCUCAGGCUGCUGGUCCAUGACGACCCGCAGUGGUAGUGGGGAAGACUCGUUAGAUCGGCUCCUGCCUGGCUCUCCUAUCACGGCUCCACGCAGGAAAAGCACAUCCCAGACUAAGACAGAGCCUCCCCUGCUUCGCACCGGCACACGCACCAUUUACACAGCCGGCAGACCCCCCUGGUAUGAUGAGCACGGUGCACAGUCCAAAGAGGCCUUCGUCAUCGGGUUGUGUGGGGGCAGUGCUUCAGGGAAGACCACGGUGGCCAAUAAGAUCAUUGAGGCUCUGGAUGUCCCCUGGGUAGUGCUGUUGUCCAUGGACUCCUUCUACAAGGUUCUGACCCCUGAGGAGCAGACCCUGGCAACCAGUAACGACUACAACUUUGACCACCCAGGGGCGUUUGACUUUGAGCUGCUAGUUGCCACCGUUAAGAGACUCAAACAGGGCAAGAGCGUGAAGAUCCCAGUGUAUGACUUCACUACACACGGCAGACAGAAAGACUGGAAAACUGUGUAUGGUGCAAGUGUGGUCAUCUUUGAGGGGAUCAUGUCCUUUGCAGACAAAGAGCUUUUGGAGCUCCUAGACAUGAAGAUCUUUGUGGACACUGACUCAGACAUCCGGCUGGUACGUCGGCUUCGCAGGGACAUCACAGAGCGCGGGCGGGACAUCGAGGGGGUCAUCAAGCAGUACAACAAGUUUGUGAAGCCUGCGUUUGAGCAGUACAUUGAACCCUACAUUCGACUGGCAGACAUCGUUGUGCCACGAGGUGGUGGUAACAUGGUGGCCAUUGACCUGAUUGUCCAGCAUGUCCACAAGCAGAUGGAGGAGCGUGAGCUCAGUGUCAGGGCGGUCCUGGCCUCGGCCCAGCAGACUCAGCCCCUCCCCCAGACCCUCAGUGUGUUGGAGGGUACGCCUCAGGUUAAAGGCCUGCAUACCAUCAUCAGGAAUCAGGAGACCAGUCGAGACGAGUUCAUCUUCUACUCCAAGAGGUUGAUGCGCCUCCUUAUUGAACAUGCUCUAACAUUCCUGCCCUCUCAGCCAUGUACGGUACAGACCCCACAGGGCCAGGAGUAUGAUGGGAAGAGAAGCUUCAGUGGAAAAGGGAUCACAGGUGUGUCUAUCCUGCGGGCAGGGGAGACCAUGGAGCCUGCUCUGAGGGCUGUGUGUAAGGAUGUCCGCAUCGGSAAGAUCCUCAUCCAGACCAACCUGGACUCAGGAGAACCAGAGUUGCAUUACCUGCGUCUGCCAAAAGACAUCAGCGAAGACCAUGUCAUUCUAAUGGACAGCACUGUGUCUACAGGCGCUGCAGCCAUGAUGGCUGUACGGGUCCUAUUGGACCAUGAGGUGCAGGAGGAGAACAUUGCGCUGGUCUCUCUGCUCAUGGCAGAGUUGGGGGUGCACUCGGUGGCCUACGCCUUCCCCAAGGUCAAAAUCAUCACCACAGCUGUGGACAAGAGUGUUGAUGACUUCCUGCAAGUCAUUCCUGGGAUUGGGGACUUUGGGGACCGCUACUUUGGGACAGAUGGUGGAUCAUCAGGCUGGAGUGACGAUGAGGAACAGGAGCGCCCCAAACAACAAACAUGAACGUGAUUCUGUGAAACACAAGGUUAAAGGCUAGCCUUGUGAAACCAUACUGUGAAUUUGUGAUAAUCAGGCUGGUUUAACAAGGCUAGUUAAGGGCAUGAUUAACCAGCAACACCAGUCAGAUUCCAUUUAGCUGCUAUAGACAGACACAACAAAUGGUUCUCUAUAAACAAGACAUUACUCCCAUUUAUGUACAGCAAGACAUUUUGUAUUCUAUUUUAUGGUACAUAUUACAAGAUUUAAAUGGAGGGAUUAUUGUUCUAUUUAUACAGUUGUAUUGUUCAGUUCUGGACUGCUCAAGCAGAACAUGUUUAUAUAUGGGGCUACAUGAAACUGAAUCAGUUUCAUCCCUUCUGAAGAGGAUGCUAUCUUGACAAUUGCUAUGCUAUCUUGGCAAUUUUAUAUUAAAUAGAUUAUUGAAAGUUUGGUAGUGAAGCUUCCUAACCUCGACAUCUUGACAAUUGCUAUGCUAUCUUGGCAAUUUUAUAUUAAAUAGAUUAUUGAAAGUUUGGUAGUGAAGCUUCCUAACCUGUAGGGGGAAGCAUUGUUCAAUUUUAGUUGCUGUGUUGCCAUGUUGUGUGUGUGCACCCAGAUACUCAAACCACACUAGAAAUCAUAUGACGGUCUGCAAUUGGUCCAUUCCUUUUAUUGAGUGAAAUUACAAAUCAUGUACUGGAAAUUGCCCAUUAUUUUCAAGUAUUUGAAAAGGUAUUGCAAUUUGAAAGGUGUUGAGUUGAAAUGGUAUUGAAUCCUCCACCCAUGAUUGAGAGAACAGUCACUAGCAAUUAAUCGAGAAUGAUCUUCACCUGAACAAAGAGAUCAUGACAUGUGCUGAUGUUUGAUGCUAAAUGCCAAAUAUUAGAUAUCUUUGUAUCUAUCUUACCCCAAUUUUUUAGGGUGUGACAUACAUUAAUACGUUACGUUUAUUGUAGUCAUUUUUACCUAACAUAGUACACACAUAUGUAUGAAUGUUGUAUACAUUAUAUUUUCUACCUCUGACAAGCAUAGCCUACAUUUAGAGUUAUGAGAGAACAUUGUUUUGUGGGGAAUUUGUUUAUUUAUAAUCACAAUAUUUCUCUGUGAUAGCCCUCACAGAGUAGGUGGCUGUGAUCAUGGAUGUCAUGCAAUGCAUGUUGCAUUCUCCAAGACAGCACAAGACUCGCCUGCCCAUGUGACUACUGCCUCAAGGUUAACCUGUUACUAUGGAGACAAGCCCACCAAUGAAAAUUCAGCAGACGGUUGCGAUGUUGACUGUAAGCGUUUUGUUUUAAGGGUGACCUAUUUUUUUCUCCAGCUAGUCAGACGCAGACCCUUCUGUACGCACGCACACACACACACAUGCCGCCACAUUUGAACAUUUAUCUCUGGGAAAUGCAUGUGUUAUUAGAGUGUAAUUAUGGAAUAAAGUGAAUGUCAGAUUAUCA